AUGUCACGAGAAUGUUGCUGGCGGCGGAGCAAAUGUCGCGAAGCGUCCCAAAGAAAUUCUGAAGCGAAAAGAGGAGACACGGAUGGAUUUGUCAAUUGGUUAUUCAGGAGGUAACACUUUCGUGGUUAGGCAGAGAAUGGACGUAGAAAAGUUGGAUCGAUUAAAGUUAAAUUUACAUGAAAUCGUAUUUUAUGUCCGAAAGUAUAGUCUAAAAUUACGAUCAUCCAAAAUUCUUUUAAAUGUCACAUUCUUUCAAUCGUUCAAAUUCUUUUAUCAACCACAUGCACGUAUGUAGAAAAGACACAUGCCAUUUAGAAAUUCACUAUCAACCUUUCAUCUUCAACUACGAAUUUCUUUCAAAAUCCAUUUAAAUCAACAUGAUGUACAUAAAAAUUGCGCUUGCUAUAUUCAGAAAUUAACUACCAUUUUUAAUAUUGGUACUUUUGUACGUGACUGCACUUGCGUUAAAUAUCUUGUAUCUUAAAUUUGUUCCAAUUAUGGUAUCUCCUCGAUACAACGCGUGCAAUACAUUCGUAAAAAAAUUACUGCAGCUAAUCAAACAACUUUGUACGUUUCUAAACCAAUCGUAUACAGUUCAAUUUGCAUUCGUCCGUGUUGCAUUAGCUAGCCUUUUUUAAAUAACUUUUUAAAGGCAAACGUUCACACAACGAACGCGAACACACGGUUUUUAUAGAGAAACGAGCCGUUUCUGUCUCGAUGGGACAGGUUUCUUUUUUUUCUCCCUACGUUCGCCGGCCAGAAGGAACAUCUGCCUUCUGCGCAAAUAAUGGAAACUUAUGAAAGGCACGUCCUUCGUAGCCGCCGCGAAACUGAAGCAGGGGGACCCUCUUCAUCACGAGGACAAGUCGUUUUUGCUUUUAGAAAAAUGUCACGCGAUCCAGUUGCUCUCCCAUCCUCUUAACCUAUUGCCUAUGCCGGCUUCACAAGCAGAUCGAAAGGUGUUUCGGUGUUGAGAAUUUUUUUACUUUUUUUUACUUCGCCCCGGACAGAUAAAGAUGGGACAGAAUUUUGUUUUUUUUUUUUUUUAAUGGCAUAGUUCUAUUUCUGUGAGGAGAGUCUUAAUAUCUCAGUCUUCUUGCAAUAACAAUUCACCAGUUAAUAAUAUAUUAUAUAUGUUAUAUUAUUAUUAUUAUUAUAUAAUUAUAUAUUAGCAAAUCGAGACAAGUUGUAAAGCGUAAGUUAUCAAUUUGUUUUUUGUCAUCUCACAAUCCUUUACCAAACAAAAUAAUCAGAAAAUUUAUAAUAUUAUUUCAAAGCUAAUUCAAGGAUAUUUAUUGCAGUACCUACUGAUGAUACAUAACUUGUGACUCGUAAAAUUCCACUAAUAAUAUUAAAUUCAAUUGUAUGAAAUUGGUUGCAGGAUUUUCUAUGAAUUAUAUAUAAAUAUACGUUAUGUGGAAUAGUUUUUACAUUUCUGGAACGUUCCAUUACCAACACUAAAUGAUAUAUGUUGAAAGACAACGUAUAUCAUUUGAAUUGUAAUUUUAUUUCAUUGUCGCGCGAAAUGUUUUAUUAUCAAGGUAUUAUAAAACUACAUAUAACUAAAUGUGUAUUAUAAAAAUAUUAUAUUCUGUCCAGAGUGAGAAAAUGGUAGCUCAGGUACAGUUCGGCCAUCAAAACCCUUGACCUAUGCUCUAAAAACUUCGCAUGUCUUGCCAAACUCCACCAACCAUAACCUCGCCCUAACGUCCUCGAACGAUAGGCGGAAAAAAGCAAGAAACACUCGUAAAUAUCGCCCUAACUGAUCAAGAUCUACCACUCGGUUCCGCUUUUACGAUCCAAUAUAACUUGCGACUUUGUAUAUCUACUAUCAAUCUGAUAACAUGAUUUAUCACUUUUUUUAUAAUACUAAAAUUACCGAAAAAUAGGGAAGUUAUAAUUGAAAUAAUUAGAAGAGUAUUACACAAUAAUAACUAUAUUUUUAUUAGUCUUUUUAUUGUGAAGUUACACCGAAAAUUACAAAAUAAUUAGACUUACUCCAUUUAUUUGGACCAAAUUUUAAAUAAACUCUAAAUAAUAUUAUAGUAAAUUAAAUGAAUUCUUGCUAGCUGAAUUCAUUCUUUUAAACUUAGACUCGUAUGAUUAUAUGGCAAAUCACUAGUAUAGGAGAAAAUUAAUUAUACAGGAUGUCACUUGACUGUAUCACCUGAAAUUACUCGACAUUCAUUUUUUAUACGAAAAAGUAUUUCAAACAAAAAUCACAUAGUACUAGGAAAUUAAUUUCUUCAUCGUACAACUAAUACUGGAAAUAUUUUUUUCAUAUAAAAAAUGCUCUAUGAAGAAUUUCAGUUCCCAACAAAUUCACGUAAACAGACAGUGCUUGAUUCGUAAUUCCAAGAUAAAGCUUUCUAACUCUAGUCUUCAAAUAAAAAUUCAUUGUUUUUCGUCUUCAUUCCAAAUGAAAUUCCCGAACCCUGCGCAACAACAGUCGGUUCUACAACAACUGAACGUCGAAAGCAAGGUCGCGUGUAUCGUUCGCGGCUAAUGAUAAUUAAACAUCACGACCGGCAAUGACGGUCGGGGAAGAGGAGGUCAGGCGAACACGAUCACGAAAGGUAAACGCGCGCGACGUAAUCGCUCGGCGCGUAAUUGCACGUGCGUAAUUGCGAUCGCACGCGAGUACCACAGCUCGAGACCCGGUUCGUUCUCGGUGCUUUCUGUUUCGUUGGGCAGCUGUGCUGUACAACUAGGAUAUUAUCGUCGAGCAUGACGCGAUAAUUAUGCGUGCUCGUUCACCUGUCUGCGUUCCCCUCGUUUCUUUCAACCACCCACCAGACAUGCAUCGAGCCGUCUCUCUUCGGCUCGAGUAUACCGUAUCUCGAAAGUGUCCAAAAGAAGCAAGAGACUUCAGCGGUCAAUUAAGGAUUUGUAUCUAUUUCCUUUUUCCAGUGACUAGGUAUUUGAAUAAAUAUCGCGAGACGUUUUGAAUAUUGAAUGUGUGAGUUUGAGAAUGUUUGAGGCUGUGAAUACUAUAUAGUUGCGUAUACUAUAUUCAAUAUAGAGUUAAUAGAAUAAUAUUUUAUAACAUUUGUAAUAUUGUAGUAUAUAGUUAUUAUAAAUGUUGCGUAAUUAUUGUAUCAGUGAGGAAGAGUGUAAUGGUUGAGUUUUAUAAAGUUAGUGAAAUAUAUUAUAUUAUAUGUAUAAUCACAUACAUAAUCACUACCAACUAUUAUAAUCAAUCAUUAACACUAUACAAACAAUCAUUAUUAUAGACGGAAACGUGCUUCGAAUAUUGUUAAUCAAUACUGAUGACAGAAAUUACACUCUAGCUCAAAAUUUCUAAAAGCAGUGAGAAAAUCCGAGUUGACUUCCUCUUUGCUUGGCAUCUAAUCGCGAGAUCAUUUGACAGAGAUUAAUUUCGUCGCCGAAGAACAUAAUUCGAUAUCGUCACUAUUAAGCUCUCAACGCGGAACCGUAACAAAUGCGUUUCACUUUGCGCCGCACGAGCCAAGCAAAAUAGUUAAUCAGCGUGAUCCAAUCGGCGCGGCUCGGGUCACGGAGCAAACAUGUAAUAUUUGUAAAACAUGCGAACGGAAGUUGGAGGUUGGAGUGCUCGUUUCAUCGUUGUUAAAGAGAAGAAGAGAUUAAUACGGUGGCGCGAGCUUGUGCCUCACACCUCGUGUUUCCAGCCAAGAAAAAAAAUCCCUCUCUCUUUUUCUCUCUACUAACCUUCAAUUAGCUUGCAAAUUAAGAAACCUCAGUGCCCUAAAGAAUUUAUUCGUGCAUACAUACAUAUAUACACGCCGUACGCGUUAUUAAUGAGAUCGCGUUUUAUUAUUUUUAUAUCCGUCUUCAUUCGUUCGUAGAUGUAACAAGAUCGCAUGCAACAUAGUAACGAAAGAAUAGAAUGUGUUUCUAAACGAGACGAGGAUUUUUUUCACGAACAUAGCGCGUAUGGCUAUGCGCGAAUUUAUGAAUAACUAUGUAAGAAGGGAAUAAAUUGUACGAUGUUUUUCUUUUGCUUCACGCUUUCAGUUUGCUCAUGGAUUUUUUUUCAGUUUUGCAGUUAGAUAGAAUUAUGAGAGGAUUUUUAACCGCUUUGCGUAUUCGCGCGACUCUCGUCAAAAACUUAUUAACAGCUCGACGGCUUCAAAAAGUUGAAGGAAUGGUGUGAAAUGUGGAAUUCGACACGUCUCUCUGUCUUUGCUUUGAAAGGAAACGCGUAGAUCCUUGCGUAGGGUAUGCUCGAUAUUGAGAAAAACUAGCGGGAGAUGUUACGAGCUCGAAACGAAACAUAUCCGGGCGAUGACAACGAGCUGACGAUCACCAUGCUGCGACAGCUUUAUACCUCGGACGUGUCUUCUCCCCCCCCCCCCUCCCGCUCUCCGCCGAUCAUUUCCGAUUUCUGUAAAUUAUUUCGUGAACGUUUCACCUUCUGUUGCGUCGUCCGAGCGUAGAAUAACAUUUUUCUUGUUACAGCUGUGAUUGAAAUGAACUUCAACGGGAAAUUUGACGCUCCGUUGUGAAGAUUUCGAAAUUUUUGAACUGUCGACUUCCGUCGUUAAAAUAAAAAAAGAAAUAAAAAUAAAAGAAAUAAUUACGUUGAGAUAAAAUAAAGAAAUAAAAAUAUUUUAUGAUACAAUGGAGUACGCGAGCUUUUAUUUAUACGUUUUACGAAAAAUUAUUUAAAAAUCUUUAAAAAUAUAUUGUUUCACAUCUAUGAAAUUUCUAACAAAAAUGAUUAUCAUUCUGAUCAUUUUGCAUAGCAGAAGAAUUUUAAUAAUGACAAUAAUUUUAAUACUUUUAGUAAUUCUAAUAGUACUGGCUGUUUUAAUUUCGCUAAUAAUUUUGAUAAUUCCGCGAUUCUGGCAAAUUCUAGUAAUUUUAAUGUCGAAGUGGUCUUGAAACUUAUAAGUUUAUAGAGAACUUCGAUAAAGAAAUAUAUUUCGAUUAGAAACAUUUAUAUGUUUAGUUAAAAUAAUUUCUAAAUUUUAUUACAAAUUCCUUUCGUUUAAUUUAAAUAACUCUAAUUUUAAUUAAAUUCUUUUUUACUUAAGUUAAAAUUUUUAUUAGUCACGAGUAUUCGCUAUUAUUGAUUAAUUAAUAAUUGUCGACGAAUUUGAUGAUCACGUGCCUUGAAAUCCUAAUAAAAAAUAGGCUACAUUUUUCGAGUAUAAAGUUUUCCUAUGCACGUGUUAUAUAAAUAGAGAGAAUUAUUUAUAUCUUUAGACUAAUGAACAAUCUAAUGAAAUUUUCGUAGAAUUUCCGUGUCACACGCUCUCACCCCCUCCCCAACCGGCUGUUCCGGAAUUUUUUGAAAGAUUACGCAGUUAGAAAAGGUUUUCCGGCCCGGUGCAGAAUCACGGCCAACAGUUGGUUGGUCAAAAGACCGGUGGCUCUUUAUGGGAAAAAUCAUCCCCGAACGCGUUUCCGCACGAUACGCCCACAAGAUCUCACGAUUCGAACUGUGAAAAUCGAGAAAAACUUGAGGAUUCUACUUCCGUAAAAGCGACUCUCCUAAACGGAGAGUCAAUUAAAUUGACUAUUAAAUUUUAAUACCAAUUUUAAAUAAUUUUGGCAAUUAAGUUAAAAUUGUAAUUUUAGAAAAUCAAGCACAUUAAUAAUUUAAUUUCCCUAAAAACAGAAAUUGUUUUCCUCGAGAAAAUUAUUAACACUGGCAUCGAUUGUCUUUAAUGAGAUUCAUUAACUUCUGAAAGUAAAUCGAUUCACUCAGUUUUCUCUUUUUACACUAAUUCUUACAUCCCUAGAUAUGAGGACAUUAAAGUAUUUAUAUCGAAUUAAUUGAAUAUUUAUGUUGAUCAUAUUGACGUUUUCUGAAAGGACUAUCCAGAUAGAGAUUAUUCUAAAUUAUCACAUUUAAAAAAUAGUUUGUAGCGAUUAAAGGAAAUUUAGCAUUUUGUACCUUUGUAAAUAAAUAAAUAAAUAAAUAAAUAAAUUUAACUUAAUCAAUUAGUUGAAUCGAUUUAACUAGUUAAUAAUUUAACUAAUUAGCCAAUUGAUUUAGUUAAAUUUAUUUAUUUAUUUAAGGUAAGAUCAAUUAAUAAUUUAAUAAUUUAAUUAACAUCAGCCAAUAUUAAUUUCUCUAACAUCUUGCCAGAUUCAAAGUUGAGUUGACCUGAAUUUAAAUUGAAUUCAAAUUCAAAUAAAGUUGAACGACCGAUCGACUGAAUGGCCAUCCUUGCCACGUGUUGUAUAAUCGAUGAGGUUUCCCCAAAUUACCGAGAUUGCAAACAUUGCAAGUCCGAAGCAAGAACGUGUCAUAGAAACAGGCAAGAAUCUUUCUCUCUCUCUCUCUUUUUCUCCUUUACAGGCUUCGUCUCCUCAGGAGUAUACUCACGAAGUCCCAAGGACAUACUCACAAGCCAUCCUCGAUCCACCCGAGGGAACAAAACUUCCAAACUCGUAGCGGAGGAUUUAACCGGAAGCAAUGCAUCUUUACGGAUAUGAUUACUGAAUCACAAUAAGACCGAAACUUUGAGCCCCCCUUCUUUCUCGUGAUUUUCGAGGGUUGAAUUUGAAAUUCGUGGGGACACUGCAUGUACCUUUUGUCUCACGAUUUUCAGCGGAGAUAUGUUAUACAGGGUGUCCUGUAACC